CGCCGCCGUCUCCGUCUCGGUGUCCCGUCCCCCACAGCUCCGGGCAGCAGCCGCGGGAAAGCGGAAACUGCCGGGUGCGCCGCGCCGGCCGACAGCGCGCCGAGGAACAGCGAGGCGGCCUCCGUCCGGCCCAGACCCGCCGAGCGGCGCCCGGCGCCCCCUCCCCCGCAGCCCCGCAGCUCCGCACCGCGGCCCCGCCCCGGCCCCGCCCGAGCUCGCCGCGCGCCCCCCCCCCGCCGGCCCCCGCGGCCCGAGCGCGCCCACCUGAGCUCGUCUGCGCCCACCUGAGCCCGUACGCCGGCGCCAUGGCGGAGCAGGAGAGCUUGGAGUUCGGCAAGGCGGACUUCGUACUGAUGGACACCGUCUCCAUGCCCGAGUUCAUGACCAACCUCCGGCUCAGGUUUGAAAAAGGGCGCAUCUACACAUUCAUUGGAGAAGUCGUUGUUUCUGUGAAUCCUUACAAGUCUUUGAACAUCUAUGGGAGGGACACAAUCGAGCAGUAUAAAGGACGUGAGCUGUACGAGAGACCUCCUCAUCUUUUUGCAAUUGCUGAUGCUGCUUACAAAGCUAUGAAGAGGCGCUCAAAAGACACUUGUAUUGUGAUAUCAGGGGAGAGUGGUGCGGGUAAGACGGAAGCCAGUAAGUACAUUAUGCAGUACAUCGCGGCCAUCACCAACCCCAGCCAGAGAGCCGAGGUGGAGAGAGUGAAGAAUAUGUUGCUUAAGUCCAACUGUGUCUUGGAAGCUUUCGGAAAUGCCAAAACCAACCGUAAUGACAACUCAAGUAGGUUUGGAAAAUACAUGGAUAUCAACUUUGAUUUCAAAGGGGAUCCUAUUGGUGGACAUAUCAAUAACUACUUACUGGAGAAGUCUCGAGUGAUUGUGCAACAGCCAGGAGAAAGAAGCUUUCAUUCUUUUUAUCAGCUACUUCAGGGAGGUUCAGAGCAGAUGCUACGCUCUCUACAUCUCCAGAAAUCCCUGUCAUCCUACAACUAUAUCCAUGUAGGCGCUCAAUUAAAGUCUUCUAUCAAUGACGCUGCAGAAUUCAAAGUAGUAGCUGAUGCCAUGAAAGUAAUUGGCUUCAAACCUGAGGAGACUCAAACUGUGUAUAAGAUUCUGGCAGCCAUUCUUCACUUGGGAAAUUUAAAAUUUGUGGUGGAUGGUGACACGCCUCUCAUUGAAAAUGGCAAGGUUGUAUCUAUCAUAGCAGAAUUGCUCUCCACCAAGACGGAUGUGGUCGAGAAGGCCCUUCUCUACCGGACGGUGGCCACAGGGCGCGACAUCAUUGACAAGCAGCACACGGAGCAGGAAGCUAGCUAUGGCAGGGAUGCCUUUGCUAAGGCAAUAUAUGAACGCCUUUUUGGUUGGAUUGUUACUCGCAUCAAUGAUAUUAUUGAAGUCAAGAACUAUGACACCACAGUCCAUGGGAAAAACACCGUUAUCGGUGUCUUGGAUAUCUAUGGCUUUGAAAUCUUUGACAACAACAGCUUUGAACAGUUCUGCAUCAACUACUGCAACGAGAAACUGCAGCAGCUCUUCAUUCAGCUGGUUCUGAAGCAAGAGCAGGAGGAGUACCAGCGGGAGGGCAUCCCCUGGGAGCACAUCGAUUACUUCAACAAUCAGAUCAUCGUGGACCUUGUGGAGCAGCAGCACAAGGGGAUUAUUGCAAUCCUGGACGAUGCCUGCAUGAACGUUGGCAAGGUCACCGACGAAAUGUUCCUCGAAGCACUUAACAGUAAACUGGGCAAACAUGGCCAUUUUUCCAGCCGAAAGAUCUGCGCCUCAGACAAAAUCCUGGAGUUUGAUCGAGAUUUUCGAAUUCGACAUUACGCAGGUGACGUAGUCUAUUCGGUCAUUGGAUUUAUUGACAAAAAUAAAGACACUUUAUUUCAAGAUUUCAAGCGCCUCCUGUAUAACAGUUCCAAUCCUGUGCUGAAGAAUAUGUGGCCCGAAGGCAAACUGAGUAUUUCGGAGGUGACCAAGCGACCUCUGACCGCUGCCACCUUGUUUAAGAAUUCGAUGAUCGCUUUAGUGGACAACCUUGCAUCAAAGGAGCCAUAUUAUGUACGUUGCAUUAAACCCAAUGACAAGAAAUCCCCACAGAUAUUUGAUGAUGAGCGCUGUCGGCACCAAGUGGAGUAUCUUGGACUACUGGAAAACGUGAGGGUGCGGCGGGCGGGGUUUGCCUUCCGCCAGACAUAUGAGAAGUUUCUUCACAGAUACAAGAUGAUCUGUGAAUUCACCUGGCCCAACCAUGAUCUCCCUUCAGACAAAGAGGCUGUCAAGAAGCUGAUUGAACAUUGUGGUUUUCAGGAUGACGUAGCUUAUGGGAAAACCAAAAUUUUCAUUCGAACACCCCGAACACUGUUUACCUUGGAGGAACUCCGUGCCCAGAUGCUCAUAAGGAUUGUCCUCUUUCUGCAAAAGGUGUGGCGAGGCACACUGGCCCGCAUGCGCUACAAGAGAACCAAGGCAGCUCUGACAAUUAUCCGAUAUUACCGGCAUUACAAAGUGAAAUCGUACAUUCAUGAGGUUGCCAGACGCUUCCACGGCAUCAAGACCAUGAAGGACCACGGCAAGCACGUGAAGUGGCCAACCCCACCUAAAGUUCUCCACCGUUUCGAGGAGGCCUUACAGGCCAUUUUUAAUAGAUGGAGAGCAUCCCAGCUCAUCAAGAGCCUGCCCGCUUCCGACCUGCCCCAGGUCAGGGCCAAGGUUGCAGCCAUGGAAAUGCUGAAAGGUCAAAGGGCUGACCUUGGGCUCCAGAGAGCCUGGGAGGGCAACUAUCUUGCUUCGAAGCCAGACACGCCUCAGACCUCAGGCACUUUUGUCCCCGUUGCAAAUGAACUGAAGCGGAAGGACAAAUACAUGAACAUUCUCUUUUCCUGCCAUGUCCGUAAGGUGAAUCGAUUUAGUAAGGUGGAAGACCGAGCGAUUUUUGUCACCGAUCGUCACCUGUAUAAGAUGGAUCCCACUAAACAGUACAAGGUGAUGAAGACUAUUCCUCUAUACAAUUUGACUGGUCUGAGCGUCUCCAAUGGAAAGGACCAACUUGUAGUGUUCCAUACAAAAGACAACAAAGACCUCAUUGUCUGCCUCUUCAGCAAACAACCAACCCAUGAGAGUCGAAUUGGAGAACUUGUUGGAGUCCUGGUGAAUCAUUUCAAGAGUGAGAAGCGCUACCUUCAAGUCAACGUCACCAACCCCGUGCAGUGCAGCCUGCAUGGGAAGAAGUGCACGGUCUCCGUGGAGACGCGGAUCAACCAGCCGGAGCCCGACUUCACCAAGAACCGCUCGGGCUUCAUCCUAAGCGUGCCGGGGAACUGACCGCCCACCGGGGAGGCCUCGCCACCCCGUCUGACUUGCUGACUCCCCGCUACCCCCCGCUAGAAAUCAGCUCGCAAGGGUCCGCCGUGCUUGGGGCCGAGCCCCUCUUCUGCCGCCUCCAAGGCUCCUCCCCUGAGGUUUUCUUGCUGGCUUUCUGCCUUUGGUCUCCAUCUUCCUCUGCCCCCACUUUCCACAGUCCUCACUCAACAAACCAAAGACCCCGGUGCCCUGCCACAGAUCCCUGGGCUCACACCCAAACCAGAGCUCCCUGCAGAAGCAACUUGAUGUCAGCGGAGGCCCCUGCCACCACAAACCCCCCCACACACACUGGCCAGGUCAGGCCCUGACCCAGUGACUGGCAGUUGACCCCGCAAGGGGUGGAUGCAGUUUCCCCAACCCAAAACAUGCUCCCCUGGGGGGCUUGGGGGAGAUUGCCGGAGAUAAGCUGGGGAUGUAGCCCUGCUCUCUCCGUGAGCACAGCCUGCCACCCCUUUCCCCCAAGGGGACUUGGCUCAGAGAUCCUUGGUGGAGCCCCUCUCCCUAGCAGUCAGCCAAGGCCAUCAGGAGAGCAGGUUCACCUGUCGGGCUGGCCCCUUGGCCCGGAAGCCAGCACUGGCAGAACAGUCAUGCCCACCCCCGCCCGGGCCCUGCAGGCCACCUCUGCGGGAGAGAGCAGAGCAGGUGCUCCAAGGCCCAUCUUCCUUAACUGCACGGCCUGGGCCCGUGGUUGUUGCACAGUGAUGUGUGCAACACACAGGGCUGCGCCUCGGGUGUGGGGUCUGCUGUGCCCACACUCAUGUCGGGCACACUGAUGAGAAAAUGGAGUUGCAGGGGCCAGGGAGCACUCUGGGGCGGGGGGACUGUCCGGAAGUUUUCCCUGACACCCCUGUUUCAGACACAUUCGGAGAACAAGGACCAAGGCCGGAGGGGCAGAGUAACAGAAACAGAGUGGGGGGUCCUGGCACUGCAGGCCAGGCCAGGCUGCUCCCCGCCGCCACAGCUGGGGCCCAGGCUGGGCCCAGCAGAAAGCACGCGUGCCUCAGUGCCUUCCUGAGACCACUCUGCUCCGGAGCCUCGGCUGAGGACGCGGCCCCAAGCCUCUGAGCAGCCCGGGCUUCUGGGCCAGGAGCCUUAAAAGGAGAGAUUUGGGACACUCCGUGUGGGGAGAGGGCGGAGGGGGAGCCCACAGCUCGGGAGGAGACUGGCGGGAGGUAAAAGAGGGACACGCUGACGUUUUUUUCAAUUUCAGACCCAGACCCUGCCCACCCCCCCCGCCCCACCCCCACCGCAUGCUCCUGCGCCGCCACCCUGAGCCCCCCGCAAAUUACACCGAGUGCCUGCCCGGUCACCUAGCCGACCCGCCGGCUGGUCCCAACAGCCUGGUGUCCCCCGCGCACACACUCCCACCCCCCGACUUCCCAGGGCCCGCAAAACAUUUGCACCAUGUGCAGUUCGCAAUAAAGAAUCCUCUUGGCAUCCUAUCCUUAGAAACCCGUUCUCAUUCUCAAAGCCUGGUCAGCUGCCUGCACCGCGCAGAGGUGCCAUCAGCCUGGUUUAGCAACGGAGUUUUGCCAGUCACCUUGACACCAGUGGAACCAUCCUAACUGGAACGGCGCCUCCUCUCCUUUCCACUCCUUUCCUCAAACUCCUUGCUUUACACUAGAGACGUGCACGUGUAUGUUUGAGACACACCAAAACGGAACAUGCCAAAUGAGUGCCUUUCUGGGACUAGGGAGGAGGGGUGGGCAGUGGGGCCCUUCCUGCCGCCUUUCGGGGUUGCCUGGGGCUCUUCAGCCCAGUGCAGGGGCCUCCCAGCUGAGGGCCAGUCGACAAGCACUUUUUCUUGAUGUCCUGAAAGAAGUCCCAGUGUGUAGCAACUGAAGAAGGCUCAAGCCUUUAGGGUGUGAGCUCAGUGGUGCCUCCAGGUGCUGGGGGAGAGCAGGAGGACACAGCGACUGUAUGCAAUGAAGUGUUUCUCUUGAUCUAAUUAAAUGCAGUUUUAUGGUUUGCUGCGUUUAUUCCUAUUUUCCAUUAAAUUAACUUUAUUUCUAGAGCAUAUUUUGAUUUACCAUCAAGAGCAAUAAAGCAUUAAAUCUUA